UUCCCACUCCUACCCCAUAUAUUUCGCCUUGCUUUAACUCGCACUGCAGCUCUAUUGCAUCUCUCUCCUCUCUCUUAUUUUCUCUGCGUAAAUACACACUCACACUAACUAUACACGCUCUAUCAACGUACAAAAUCUGAAUUCAUGAAUAUCUUUACUUCAACUCAGCGGCAAAACUAGCUUUUUUUACAUGGAGUUUGGGAGCGGAGCAGGAGGUGGCUCCGGCGAUGACAACCAUGAUGUCUUGGAUCCUCACCGGAGAAAGAAACGUUAUCAUCGUCACACUGCUAACCAGAUUCAGAAGCUGGAAGGAAUUUUCAAAGAGUUUCCACAUCCGGAUGAGAAGAUGAGAAUGCAAUUAAGCAGAGAGUUGGGUUUGUCUCCACGUCAGAUAAAAUUUUGGUUUCAAAACAGGAGAACACAAAUGAAGGCACAACAUGAGCGAGCUGAUAAUUGUGCACUUCGUGCUGAGAACGAUAAGAUACGGUGUGAAAACAUCGCAAUCAGAGAGGCAUUGAAGAAUGUAAUAUGCCCUUCUUGUGGCGGUCCUCCUAUUGGAGAAGAUCCUUAUUUUGAUGAACAAAAAUUGCACAUGGAGAACUUGCAUCUGAAAGAAGAGCUUGACAGAGUUUCAAGUGUUGCUGCAAAGUACAUUGGGAGGCCUAUUUCUCAACUCCCACCAAUUCAACCUAUCCAUAUAUCUUCAUUAGACUUAUCCAUGGGAAGUUAUGGAAUUCAAGGAAUGAGCGGUCCAUCACUUGAUCUUGAUCUUCUUCCUGGCAGUUCAUUGAACGUUCCAAACAUUCCAUAUCAGAGCACGAGCAUAACAGAUAUGGAUAAGACACUGAUGACUGAUAUUGCUCGUAAUGCCAUGGAAGAAUUGAUCAGACUGUUGCAAGGCAAUGAGCCAUUCUGGAUGAAGUCCGCAACUGAUGGAAAAGAAGUACUUAAUCUUGAAAGUUAUGAGAGAAUAUUUCCACGAGUUAAUAGUCAUUUGAAGAAUCCUAAUGUUUAUGUUGAGGCUUCAAGGGAUUCUGGUGUUGUGAUCAUGAAUGGUCUGGCAUUGGUUAAUUUGUUCCUAGACUCGAACAAAUGGGUUGAGCUACUUCCCACCAUCGUCUCAAGGGCAGCAACAAUCGCAGUAAUAUCACCUGGAACUAUAGGCAGCCAAAGCGGUUCACUACAACUUAUGUACCAAGAGUUGCAAGUGCUGUCGCCAUUAGUACCAACUCGGCAAUUUUACUCCCUUAGAUUCUGUCAGCAAAUCGAGGAAGGUUCAUGGGCUAUUGUUGAUGUUUCUUACGAUCUUCCUCAAGAUAGCUUGUUUACUUCUCAAUGCCGAGCACGUCGGAUGCCUUCUGGAUGCUUGAUUCAAGACAUGCCAAAUGGCUACUCCAAGGUUACUUGGAUGGAACACAUGGAAGUUGAAGAUAAAGGUCCCGUCCAUAGACUUUAUAAAGAUCACAUUUACAGUGGCUUAGCUUUUGGUGCUGAAAGAUGGAUUUCUACUCUUCAGAGAUCAUGUGAAAGAGUUGCUUGUUCAAUGGUCACUGGAACUACAACUCGUGAUGUUGGAGGAGUUAUAACAUCUCCAUAUGGUAAAAGAAGCAUGAUGAAACUUGCUCAGAGAAUGGUAAACAAUUUUUGUUCUAUCAUUAAUUUGCCUAAUAGUCAGCAAUGGACUGCGUUAUCUGGGACGCCAAAUGAGUUUGAAGUUCGAGCCAACCUCCACAGAUUUGCAAAUCUUGGUCAGCCUCAUGGAAUGGUCCUUAGCGCAGCCGCCACUAUUUGGCUGCCACUUCCUCCACAAAUUGUUUUCAAUUUCUUCAGAGAUGAAAGAACUCGACCUCAGUGGGAUGUUCUCUCGGAUCACAAUCCUGUCCAAGAAGUUGCUCACAUUGCUAAUGGAUCUCAUUCAGGGAACUGUAUCUCUGUUCUUCGGGCUUUCAAUACUAGCCAGAGCAACAUGUUGGUACUUCAAGAAAGCUGCAUAGACUCUUCCGGUUCAUUAGUUGUGUACAGCCCUGUAGACCUACCUGCCAUAAACAUAGCCAUGAGUGGUGAAGACACUUCCUACAUUCCUCUUCUUCCAUCAGGAUUCACCAUUUCUCCGGAUGGUCGGACUAGUACACUACAAACAGUUCAUGAGGGAGCUUCAAGCAGUAGUUCCACGACAACGACAGGGUCCCUCUUGACAAUUGUAAUACAGAUUAUGGUAAGUCAUAUGGCAUCAACCACAACGAAAAUGAGCCAAGAGUCGGUGAACACGGUUAAUAACCUUAUCGGAAACACUGUACAACAAAUUAAAGUUGCCUUGAAUAGCUCUACUUGAAAUUAAUCACCUCCUGGUUCAAGAAAAUUUAAUAGUUAGUGGGGGGUUGAGUUUGGUUAGUUGAGGGCUCUCAAUGCACUCUCAUCAAUAGCUAUGAAGUUCAUCACUUAUUGCUGCAUGCAUGCUUUUCUGCUACAACUGCUGGAGUUGUUUUCUUAUUUUCCUUUUGUUACUGUCAAACUUAUUACUACCACUUUCAACUACUUGAUAGCAUCAUUUAAUUUUUUUGAUCAUCUAUUUUCAUCAUUAGAAGGGCAUUAGUCUAGCUUAUCCGGUUUUUCAAUAAUCGCUAUCAUGGUUUGAGAUACGGAGUCAAGAACGAACCAUAGACGAGAGAUAGUACCCAGCUGUGGGAAUUUAUGUAAUGUCUGUGCUCAAUAGUUGUUAUCAUGUGGUUUGUUUUCUUAAACACAGCAACUAUUAUGUAUGGUUCGGGUAUUGACUUCUGUUCAUGGACUCUGUACUGUAUUAUUCUUCUUGACUUUAUAUAUGAAAUUUUCUACA